AUGGGCAAUAUACCAACUGAUAGAAAAAUAACUAUGUUCAAUUUAUAUAUCCUAAUAGGGAAAUUAUUUUUACUACAUCUAAUAUGGAUACGAUUAACAAAUGCCGUCACCAUGGAACAAUUUGAUCAAAGUCUGGAUAUGAUGCGUAAUGGUUGUGCCCCGAAAUUUAAAAAUUCCCUCGAAACUUUGGAUAAUAUACGUUUCGGUAGGUUCGAACAACUGGAUGAGAGUUCUUCGGAUGUGAAGUGCUAUACAAAGUGUAUUGCCCAGCUGGCAGGAACGUUAACGAAAAAAGGUGAAUUCAGCAUAUCCAAAGCCACAGCCCAAAUUCCCAUAAUUCUACCCAAGGAACUACAGGAAGUUGCAAAGGAGGCACUCAAUUCAUGCAAGGAUGUUCAAAAGGACUACAAGGACCCAUGCGAUCGAGUUUUUUAUACAACCAAAUGUGUAUAUCAUUAUAGGCCAUCCGUAUAUAAAUUUCCAUAA